GUGUUGCCAUACAGGCGCCUCGCAGUAGUGAUACGCGACAAAAAAAGAGUACCUACCUAAUGUACCUAACAAAUGGCAACUGCUCCCCGUCAACUCCUCUAGAAAUGUAUGUACCUACCUCAGGCAUGCACAUAUGUAGGUACAUGUAGUUGGGCCUAAGGAAGAAAAACCUUGGAAGGAGUUGGACCGAACGGAAAGUGCUAUUUUCCAUUUGAAAUUACCUAAAAUUACAUAGACGCGCACACACCAAAUCCAUAAUCGUCUCUUUUUCUUGCACUUUUAUGCAACACCAACUAUAUUUACACACUUCUGACGCCAACUUCUAACCAAUCAUGGCCAUGGACAUGUCAGUCUACACAGCUAUGGGCGAUGAGGAUAUCGCCCUCGCCUUUCGGUUAAUGCAGGAAGAUGCCGAGCAAUUCAUUACUACUACUACCAGAAAGGGAAAACAAGUCGAGGGGUCCGAGACGGACGCUCAGAUGGCUUUUAACCUUCUUCUGGAAGAACUGCAAGCUGCAGAGACCUGUCUUAGUGAUGAAAGAAUGACUAGAAGCAUGUUGAGAGCAAUUCAGUCUGACGGCGCUGUCCUUUCCCAGGCCCACGAUGAAGAAGAUAUUGCUCAAGCUGACCAUGAAAUGUCACUCGCUUUGAGCAAUGGACAAGAUGAGGCCGUGGCCCAGCGAGCUACCCCUGAAGCUAUGAGCAGCGAUGAGGAAUUCCUUGAGAAGCUCUCGGUCAUCUACAAUACCGGUUUUGAUCAUCCCAUGAGUGGCACUGACGAUUACGACGACGACGACGAUACAGCCACCAUAAACCAGCCAGAGAGUUCCUCAUGGGCUGCUUCACGCCAACCUAGUAGACCACCAAGGACAUGCGACGCUUGUGGAGACCAAAAGCACUUCGCAGAGCUGGCUCGCGCUCCCUGCCGCCAUGAAUAUUGUCGCGAGUGCCUCACACGUCUCUUCCGAGAUGCUUCAAACGAUGAAUCCCUCUUUCCUCCGCGAUGCUGCAGACAAUCCAUCCCAUUAGUUAAGAAUCAGGUAUUUAUUGACAGCGACGUAGUCCGUCACUUCCGCCAAAAGGCUCUUGAGUUUUCUACCCCUCGUCGAACAUACUGCCAUAACCAGAAUUGCGCCCGAUUUAUUCCAGCAACCAAUUAUCUAAACGAUAUAGCGACAUGUGGCGAGUGCGGGUAUCGAACCUGCAUGACUUGCAAGGGUGCUACCCAUAACGGCGAUUGCCCAAAUGACGAACAGCUUCAACAAGUCUUUCAACUAGCUACCGAACAACACUGGCAACGUUGCCAAAACUGCUGGGCGAUGGUUGAGUUGAACACUGGAUGCAAUCACAUGACGUAAGUUUAGGAUAAUUUUUACUAUUAGAUUCGUACGAUGCAUACUUAACCUUUGAUAGCUGUCGAUGCGGUUUCGGAUUUUGCUAUGUCUGUGGUGGUCGCUGGAAGACUUGCCAAUGCGAGCACUGGGAUGAACAUCGUCUGUACGCACGUGCUGCUCAGAUUGAUGCCCGUGGCCAAGUUGAGGAUGCUCCGGAGGAGGUGAUACCUCGUGGAAAUCCGAUACCUUUUCGACUACAUCUAAAUGGUCGGCCACCCUUUCAGCACCCGGUUGCCAAUCAGCAGCAUGCUCAGCAACAGGCUCAGCAACAG